AUGAGGUUCACGAAGGAGGAAAUCGAAGCCCGCUGGGCUGCUCACAUCGAAAAGCAGAUGGUUGAGAUCCCAGGCACGCAAAGACCCGGCUUCUCUCCCGUGUACCGCAACGCUGCCUUUCCCAUGAAUCCCCCGAUGACGAACCCGUACGACAGCUUCAUGAAUCAUCUGAAGGAGAAGCCCGAUGCCAACUGCUUGGGCCAUCGCCCAUUUGAUGAGGGAAAGGGUGAUCUUGCUGACUACUACAGCUGGCGUAGUUAUGCAGAUGUCGCGAAAGAGCUGACAGACCUUGGCUCAGCUCUAUCCAAGUUUCAAGAGGAGGGUCUGUUGAAGCCGCGCCCGAACGAUAAGAACAUCUCGGAGCCCGGUCUGACGAACUUCACCGUCGCAUACUGGGGCGCCAACCGGCCCGAGUCCAUGAUCACCAUGCUCUCGCAGCAUUCGUACACUCGCCAGUCGGUGCUCUUGUACGAUAACUUUGACGCCGCUGGCUCGUGCUACAUCCUGCAGCACAGCGUAACUCGUGUGCUGCUGUGCCCCUCGAAGUAUGUGCCCAUUGUGCUGCGCAAUGCCGACAAGCUUCCGGCCCUCAAAGUCAUUGUCCUGAUUGACCGGCCAGGCAGUGCCAGCGCCACGCUGGGCGAACUGAGCAAGCUCCAGCUCGUACGCGAAUGGGCCGCGAUGCAUGGCAUUGAAGUGAGGAAUUACAAAGAGGUGCUUGACAUCGGUGCACGUCACCCUUAUCCGCACGUGCCCAACAAGGACCUCAACAACCUGUCGACGUUGUGCUACACGAGUGGCACGACGGGUCUGCCCAAGGGUGUGCGUGUGACGACUCGCGGCCUGCUAGAGGGUCUGGAAGGUCUGCGAUGGGUCAUUUCUGACCGGGAGCUGGUGUCGAUUUCGUACCUGCCUCUCGCGCAUAUUUACGAGCGGGGCUGGGAGACCUUUGUCUUGUACAUGGGCGGCUCGAUCGGCUACUUCUCGGGUCAGAUUGAGCGCUUGAUGGAAGAUCUCCAGAUUCUCCAGCCCACAGUGAUGCCCAGCGUGCCUCGUGUGCUCAACCGCAUUGCAGGCCAGAUUCAAAUGCAGAUGGACGCUCCUGGUCUGAAGGGCAAGCUGCUCACCAAGGCGGUUCAUGCCAAAUUGGAGAACUAUCACAAGACAGGCUCGGUGACUCACGCUCUGUGGGACCGACUUGUGUUCCGCAAGGUGCGUGCGCUACUCGGUGGCCAAGUCGAACUGAUCUUGACUGGCAGUGCUCCCUGCCGUCGAGAUGUGCUGGAGCUGCUUCGCAUUGCUCUUUGCACUGAUAUUCGUGAGGGCUACGGACAGACUGAGAACAACGCGUACGCCUCGAUCAUGGGCCCAGGCGACAGGCGCGUCGGCUGUGUGGGUCCUGUGAACCCUGGUGUAGAGCUUCGCCUGCGCGACUGCCCCGAGUUGGGCUACACGUCGCAAGACAAGCCGUGCCCCCGUGGUGAAAUUGUGCUGCGCUCGAACAGUGUGUUUGACGGCUACGAGGGAGACGAGAAGAAGACGAAGGAGACGCUCAUGCCCGGCGAAGACGGUAAGGGUCCGUGGCUCCUGACAGGGGAUGUGGGUCGUAUCGAUGAAUACGGACGUCUGCAAAUCAUCGACCGCGUGAAGAACCUGAUCAAGCUCGCUCAAGGUGAAUACAUCGCGAUCGAGAAGGUCGAGAGUGUGUUUUCGUCGCUGCCGUUGGUGCAGCAGGUGUGGCUGUACGGUGACUCAUUCCAGCCGCACCUGGUGGCUGUGGCCGUGCCCGAGCCCAGUGUGUUUGCUCCAUUCGCCAGCAAGGUGCUGGGCCAGACUGUGAGCCCGACCGACGCCGCGGCGCUCGAAUCGGCUGUGAACGACAGCCGCGUCGUUGAGGCUGUGCUUCGCGAAUUUGUGAAGCUGGGUAAGACGCAAAAGCUCGGUACACUCGAGCAGAUGCGGGCUCUUAAGCUGCGCAUGGAACCCUUCUCGCCCGAUAACGGUCUCAUGACGCCUACGCUCAAGGUCAAGCGCCAGGAAGCUGCCAAGGUGCUCAAGGCUGACCUCGACGAGCUGUACCGCCGUGAGCCCAUCAAUUUGAACAACAUCAAGAUAUGA